AACGAAGGUAGUUUACUGUUUUUGUAUUUCUUGCCAACUCGAUUGGCUCGCUAUAUUACGUUAAAAAACAAAACCCACUGAAAAACGCAUCUACAGACAUAUUGUUUUAGUAAUACCACUUUUCAAAUAAAGGCUUGAUCAGAUUACAAUUAAAAAGAAAAAAAAGCAAGAAUCGUUUGUUGCUCUGAAAAAAGAAGGUAGAUGUUUUUUCGUUUACACUUUACGUUUUAAGAAGUCUUCAAUAUCCCAAUCCUUCGUACAAAAUCGACUCAUACUCAUACUUUUUCAAGCAGCAUACUGCGAAAAAGACACUUUCUACCCUUAUUGUUUAUUACAUUACAUGUUUACUACACAGGAAGAAACGCAUACAAUUGUUUAUUUGGCUGUGACCUUGGCGUUACCCCUUGAUUGAUAUGUAAAAACCAAAGUUGAAUAGGCGUUUCCUUCUGACUGGUUCAGCAAGGUCUUGGACUUUUGAAAGAAGGAAUACGUUCGUUUUCGUCCCUUAGCCAUAUAAUUAUUUACCGACACUCUCAAAACCCGUAUUGGGAUUUACGCAAUUCAACGAGAGCUAAAGGACAAAUAUCUUCGUAAACAAACGAGGGACACUUUUCUAACGCAAAAACAAAAUCCAAAAAGGUAGAGUUCAUGGAUUUUUUUGGGUAAGUUUGAAAGGGUUUAUUUUAAAAGAAGACUUCUAUCUAUCGCAUGUUGGCUGUGAAUCCGUAAAAAAAAGAAGGAUUGAAAAUGAGUGUAGUAACUAGGCUUCAGUCUAAGCUGGUUCCCUUUAUUACGAGACACCUAUUAUUUUUUCAAAUAAUAUGCACACUAAUUGGUGCCUUCUAUAUAUUCCUACUUCCAUCUGAGCAAUUCUUGAGCAGGUUGCGUGUGUCGGAAAAUGCUCUACUUCCUGGACAAGUCAAUACGUACUUUGGAAAUGAAAACACGAAAACGAUGCGUGCAGCUCUUUCUCUCGUUCGGGGCUGGUCAAACAAAGAUGAAGUUGAAGAAUUGAACCCCAUGUUCCAAGAUUUAGAGGCCAUAUUUACGACUAUGGGAAUGGCCGUUCAAAGACAAAAAUAUACCACUCGCAUUUAUGAAGAAUAUCAUCAGGGUUCGAACUUCUAUACGGUAUUUCGGUCUCCCCGGGGUGAUGCAACAGAGUCCCUAUUACUGUGCGUUCCUUGGAAGGAUUAUGAGGGCUAUUAUAAUGAAGCAGGCCUUGCGCUGGCUAUUAGUUUGAUGAAAUAUUUUCAAGGUUGGUCUCUUUGGUCUAAAGACAUUAUCCUUCUCAUUCCAGAUCACCCAGUCUCGGGAACCUAUGCAUUUUUGUCUGCAUAUCAUGAUCAAACUCCUGCCGGAUACAACAUCGAUCGUCUGUGGUUUAAAGCUGGAACCAUUCAGGCUGCACUAGCAAUGGAGCUACCCAGGAAAGGAUACAACAAUGAUGUAGCAGAGAUUUUAUAUCAAGCCGCUAAUGGUCAAUUGCCAAAUUUAGACUUGUUUAACGCCGUAGCAAAGAUCUUUAUGUCUAGCUUUAUGUAUUCUCUCAAACUACAAGGCGAGGUAUACAAUGCUUAUACACCCUCCGAUUACUUUUCCAGGUUAAAGGCUCUUACUCGAGGUAUGGCAUCGCAAGCGGUUUCAAACCUGACAAAUGCCCAUUCUCUUUUUCCUCAAUAUAAGAUUGAUGCUUUAACGGUGCGAAUCGAAGCUGGAGAUCCAUUUACCUUUGAUAUGACUAGAUGUGGACAAGCUAUUGAAAGCAGUUUUCGAUCCCUCAACAAUCUAUUAGAGCACUUGCAUCAAUCCUACUUUUUUUAUUUUCUUUUAAAUCAGUUCACAUUUGUUAGUAUCGGCGACUAUAUGCCGGCUGUGUUAUUAAUAGCGGCGAGUUUGAUGAUUGGGGCUUAUCGGCAUUGGAUUUCUCAUCCAAAACACGUGAACUUGUGGAAACCAUUUUGUUUGUGGUUGCUCAACAUGGUAACAGCCUUUUCGUUCAUGUACACCGGUUUCCUCACAAAAAACGCGCAGAAUCCGGUUGCUUUGGUGGUAGCCUACGCUGUUGCUUGCAUUGGCCUAUUUCUGCUAUUUCGACCAAGUCGUCAAGAGACACAGUUAACUCUUGCUUUUUCCCUUAUGUCAAAGUCUCUUCUUCUAACUACCGUAAGCACUUUGAACUUUUCACUUGCUUUUCUAAUUGGGCUAUGGCUUACUGCCAUUCAAUUUCUUACUUUCUCAUCUUCUCGUUUUCUGUUGUACCCUCUUCUAAGCUGCGUUUUUCUUGCUCCUAUCCUUUUUCCGAUUGUUAUCGGAAAAGUAUUUCAAUAUCCAUUCCACUCUUGGUUUCAUUCAUAUAUACUCUAUGGUUCAUGGUUAAUGCCAUUUUCAUACACAGCAUUGUUAUUAUGUGACAUCCCCUGGGCCAUUCAAUGCAUCUUGACAGACACUCGAAAAGCUAAAGUUCAUGCAGCUUAACAUGUACAAAUCUUCAGAUAAACGAUCCUUAGCAUUACUUCUUGGAAAUGCUGAUUUUAUCAGCUACAAUAGAUAUUUUCUCUUCAUGAUUUUUUUUAUAGAUGCUUUCAUCAAGUUAUCAACUAUAUUUAUAUACUAUUGGAAAAAACAUAAUGAUAUUAAAAUAUUGAUAAUUUAAACACUCUUUUUUAAUAAACAGUGAACACGCA